CCUUAGUUUCAGUCAGACUAGUAUCGAAAUCGUUAGGACUCAGCUCCAAUAAAACCUCUCGCGAGCUUCCCGGAACCCACAAUGUUUUCCGAUCCCUCCCAGGAGACGCAGGCCACGCAGACUGAGGCGCAGCCCGAUCAUGCGCCUGUCUGCGUGCCGUUGUUAAUGGUGGACGACGAUGGACGGAAACGGUACUGCUACCAUGGCGGCAAGUGCAAGUGCCAACAUUGUGCCAAGAUCAAGGCAGAACAGAACCAGAAGUUGGACCAGGAGCUGGUGUCCUACCUGCCGUCCUCGAGGUUGCAACUGGUGCCACCCAUUCGAAUGGUGAGACCGAAGCAGUAUCGCCUGGAGGCUCGGCGAGCAGCUCCGGAAGUGGCCCAGGACCUGAAGGAGGACCACGAGCGGCUGCGGGCGGAGUACCCCAUCUACUACCUCCCGGAUCGAUACUUUGCCGACAAGGCCUGGAAGCUGCCCGGACCGCAGCACAAGGAGACGCAGACGGAGAUUCCCAUCGGAAAAUACGGCAUCGAUGGUUGUCCGUGUCCUAACAAGUCUCUUUGUUACGAUAUAUAGUUCAGGAUUUGGCAGGGAACAUGCUAUGGAGUCAUUAGUCCCAUGUUAAGGAAGAUCAAUACAAUUUUGGCAAAAAUAAAUCUUAAUAUAAAAUUUGUAAAA